AUGGCUCCCGCUGGCCAAGCAAGCAGCGCCAAGCGCAAACGAGUUGCGCCCACAGAGAAGAAGGUUACCAAGCGCCCGCGCGCCGCCUCGAGCGAGAAUGAAGAGGAUCCGAAUGCUGCGAUUCUUCUCAUGGAGCAGGGGAUUCUUGAGUCUAGGAAGAACUACAACAACAUUGCCGUUCUUCUGGGAAAAGCAGCAACCUAUGACUCUGGCAACCCCGAGGCAAUCCUCUCUACUGUCGCCCUUUGCCGCAUUUUCAUGAGGCUUCUGGCUCAGGGCUCUCUUGUCUCGAAGAAAUCUCUCUCAGAAAAGGACCGGGUUGUUGUCGGGUGGCUGCGGGAACAGUUUAGCCAGUUCAAGGACAUCCUGCUGGAUCUGCUUGGCGAAGACGAAAUUGCUUCUACCGCACUCACGCUUUGCAUGCGAACGCUAAAAGCAGAGGGCGAAUAUCUCCGAGACAAGUCUGACUAUGCUUUUCCUCGGGAUUUCUUGGGAAAGAUCGUCAAGAAUAUUAUUGCGAGUGAGAAUGACGACAUUCGCAAGGCCUACAUUGAAGAAUCUGCCGAGCAGUAUGAUGACGUUCGCUACUAUACGUUCGCUUCUGUUACCUCUGCUAUCAAAGAACUCUCAGAUGACGAGGGUGAUUUGAAAUCAAGGCUCUUCGAAAGCGCGUUCGCGCUCCUCACUGCACUAGAUGGCGUGCCGGAAUCAGCAGACGAACUGGAGGACUUCUACAUUCAUAAGCCCGAGAAGAAGUCGCAUUACUUGCGACAGCCAAACCAGCACAAGAAACAAGGUCAGGAAGCCUGGCUCGCUCUGAUGAAUCUUGUUGAAACGAACGAUCAACGCAAGCGCGUGCUGGCGCUUAUUUCGGACGUUAUUGCGCCCUGGUUUCCCAAUCCUGAGAUCCUCUCAGACUUCUUGACGAGCUCGUACGAUGCAAGCGGAUCCAUGGCGCUGCUCGCUCUCUCAGGUGUCUUCUACCUCAUCCGAGAGCGCAACCUCGACUACCCUUCCUUCUACCCCAAGCUAUACUCUCUCCUCAACAGCCAGAUCCUGCACUCGAAAUACCGGGCGCGCUUCUUCCGACUGCUGGACACAUUCCUCAGCUCGACGCAUUUGCCCGUUGCCCUUGUCGCGAGCUUUUUGAAGCGACUCGCCCGGCUAUCGCUGAACGCACCCCCAAGCGCCAUUGCAUUUGUCAUUCCUUGGAUAUACAACAUGCUUAUGAAGCAUCCACUGUGUACAUUCAUGCUCCAGAGAGAAACGACAGACGACGAGAAAAAGAAGGAGUUGCGGGAGAACGGCAUGGAAGAUCCUUUUCUCCCCGAGGAGCGCGACCCGAUGAAGACCAGUGCCAUUGAGAGCAGUUUCUGGGAGCUUGUCCAGCUGCAGUCGCACUACCACCCCAACAUUGCAACGAUUGCAAAGAUUGUAGCGGAGCAGUUCACGAAGCACUCGUACAACAUGGAGGAUUUCUUGGAUCACUCGUAUGCCAGCUUAUUGGAGGCCGAGAUGGGCAAGGAUGUGAAGAAGGCGCCUGUUGUCGAGUUCCACAUUCCAAAGAAGGUGUUCCUGCCGCAGGAAGAGGCCUCCGGAGUUCCUGACAGUCUCUUGGUGAAACUUUGGGAUUUCGAAACCGUCGAUGCUUGGUGGCUCUAG